AAUGGAUAUCGUCUUCCUCCUCCCGCCGGCGGCCGGAAGCCGGCGGCGACGAGGGGUUCUGACACCGACAGGCGCCGAGGCCCCGCGCGAGAAAUCGUUCGGAUCCUCCUGUUCUUCACCGCACUCGGUGGAGGACGCCGGAGACGAGAGGCGCGAGGACAUCGAUGGCCCACGAGCCCGCGGCGCGGCAAUGCGGGGACGAGCAACGAAAUCUGAUUGCACGGCGCGACGGCGGCCUUGUUUGGCAGCAAGCGGAGCAGGCGCCUCCGGUGCGGGGCGGAGCGCGUUGGACGACGGCAGCGCCGAGCUUCGUCGCAGCAAAGGAGAUGAAAUAAGGUUGUGAAGUCAGGCGAGGUGGACUCUAUUGAAUAAAGCAACAACAUAUAUACUAAUAAAAACUUCAGAAUGUCAACUCAUUUAAAUGUAAGGUGUUUUCUUCUUUGAAUUGUAAUACACAGUUUGCCUUAGAAUUGACAUAAUUUGUGAUUAUCGACUUGCUGUGCAGUUCUGGUACAAGAGGUGGUAAUAGCAUUAGCCUGUUUUACCCUUUAUUAGAAGGCAUUAUUAUCCCUGAAUUCUUGCUUAAACUGAUUUAUGUGGUCAUUGAUUUACCAGAGUGAUGUUCAUGAAUGAAAUCAUAUUAAAUCAAAUACCUCAUGACUGUAUCUGUCUAUCUGAUGAAGCCAGUGGCACUUAAAUCUUAUGUGAAUGUGAACGGGAACUUUGACAGUAGUUCCCAAAUGUGUGGAUCAUAAUUUGUCUCAUUUGGCAAGAUAUCAAACUAUAGCUGGCAAAGGAACCGCCCACUCUGCAACCUUCAUGAGCUCAGCCUCCGCACAAGUCAUCAUCAAGUCAAGCAAGAAAGAGUGAGCAACCAACACUUGUUGCCAUUGUAGCACACGGGUGGCUUGCCAAGUUCAGGUCCUUUUGCCAACUUCCUCACCACGUGAGCCCAUGCAAUUGUCCAGCACAAGGUCAAGCCACCUUUGGCAUCACCACAUAUUGGCGUCAGAAAAAGGUGGAAAUGUGUGGUCUUUCGAGUUGCGAGCUGCUGAACACAGUGAGAAUAUCACAUGCAAAGGAGCAACUGUGACUUCAAAAGGGAUACACGAUUGCAACGUUCCAGAAAGCACACGAGCAGUCUUUUGCAGCACCAGUGAAUUAACAAAGCAUGAUAUUAUUACCUGAAAUGUUGCAGGCCAGAGUUCAUAUAAAAGAAGUACCCAAUGUACAGGGAGAGACAUCACUUUGUUUCACAGCCUUAGCUGCCACAUUUUUUUUACACUGGCAUCUUCAUCUUCAUUGAGCUUCAGGCCAUGGCAAUGGCUUGCGCUCUGAAUUCCAUCAACAAGAAAAGCACUUUGCUGAUGCUUACUGCACCAGUGAAGACAAUAGGCAGGAUUCCAGCUUCGUGGGGGAGACAUGCAUGGAGUAUUGGGAGAGAAGAUCCAAGGAGAGCUGUCCAUGCUCUCAAGGCUGGGACAGCCCUCACGCUGGUCUCGCUCUUGUACAUACUCGAACCUUUCUUCAAAGGAAUUGGGAAGAAUGCAAUGUGGGCAGUCAUGACCGUAGUUGUCGUGCUUGAAUUCACUGCAGGAGCAACCAUAUGCAAAGGGCUGAAUAGAGGGUUGGGAACAGUGCUGGCAAGCUCUCUUGCACUUCUCAUUGAGCUUGUUGCUUCUGGAACCGGGAAGGUUUUCCGUGCUUUCAUUGUGGGAGCUUCGGUGUUUAUAAUAGGAUUUGCUGCCACAUAUGUUAGAUUCUUCCCAACAAUCAAGAAGAGCUACGAUUACGGUGUGCUGAUUUUUCUCUUAACCUUCAAUCUGAUAACGGUGUCAAGCUACCGCCAAAACGAUGUGCUCCCAUUAACGAGAGAUCGUUUAAGUACUAUUGCCAUCGGCUGCGCAAUAUGUCUAUUCAUGAGUCUCUUGGUUUUGCCAAACUGGUCUGGGGAAGACCUCCACAAUAGCACAGUUAACAAAUUCGAAGGAUUAGCAACUUCUAUUGAAGCUUGUGUGAAUGAGUAUUUCCGAGACCAGGAUAAAGACGAUAACGAUAAGCAGGAAGCAAGAGCUUCAAUUCAAAUAGGAUAUAGGGCGGUCUUGGACUCAAAAUCCAGUGAUGAGACCCUGGCACACUAUGCAAGCUGGGAGCCAAGACACUCAAUGCACUGUUACAGUUACCCAUGGCAAAAGUAUGUGAAGCUCGGAUCCGUGCUUAGGCACUUUGCGUACACAGUUGCUGCACUUCAUGGAUGUUUGGAAUCUGAGAUACAGACUCCACCAUCCGUGAGAUUACUGUUCCGAGAUCCAUGCACAAGAGUUGCUCGAGAAGUCGUCAAGGUUCUGCAGGAGCUUGCGGUGAGCAUAAGGCGUCACCGGCGCUGUGCCCCUGAUGUGCUCUCUGAUCAUCUUCAUGAAGCGCUGCAGGAUCUGAACUCGGCAAUCAUAUCACAGCCGCGGCUCUUCCUUGGCUCCAAACGAGCGUGUGCCGCCAAUAAGCAUAUGCUCAUGGAACUCAACUCUGGAAAUCACACGGCUUCGAGAACUACCCUUCAUUCAUUCAAGACUGAUGCGACAGCACUGUCAGAAAGGAAGAACACGGGAACAGAACAACCGCAGGAGCACAACGAGAGGGGCAUGUUGCGGCCGACGCUGAGCAAGAUUGCCAUCACGAGCCUCGAGUUCUCCCAGGCGCUUCCGUUCGCAGCUUUCGCUUCGUUGCUGGUGGAGAUGGUGGUGCGGCUGGAGAUGGUGAUAGAGGAAGUGAAGAACCUGGAGCGAGCUGCAAAUUUCAGAGAGUUCCCUGGACAUGAUCAUCUGGUCAUUGAUCUCAGUAGCAAGGAGAUGACGAGGAACAGUAAUGCUACGGCAUUGAACCCAGUUUCUGCUGCAGCUGAGUGAGUCAAUGGAUCCGAUCAGCGAUGUAUCAGCCAUGCAUUCUGAGAAGAGAGUGGCACAUUCGUUUUUUCUGUAAACAUGAACCGUCAACUCCCAGUACUAGUUGUUUGAGAAGAAAGCUUUCCGUGUAAUCUAAUCCACCUACCACUGAAUUAUUUGUCGACAUCCGAAUAAUUGGAGUUGGUGUCAAAUAUCGUCACAUGAAUAGUGUGUUAACUUUUUUGUCC